GAGGGAGUAGGUACCUACUGGCACUGGCAAUAAUACGUGUUAUUUUCAAGUUUUGAUUAGGUAUACAUAGGUGACAUUGGCAUGCGAUACUGUGUGUGUUUUUUGGGAACUUUUCUUUCGUAUGGUUUCAGUUGCUUGUUCAGGGAAGGGCGCGCGCCCCUCACGCCCCCCUGGAACCGCCACUGACUACUGAAAAAAGGUUUGAACCCUGGAAUAUUCCAUUGUAGCCUUGACUCCUGCUCGGCCUGCUCCUGACCUGACAUUCCUGACACUUCUGACAGCCUGACCUGACAUCGACGUGAACAAUUUUCGACAUUCGACAUCAUCAACAAUUAAGCCCAAUUUCAAAAAAUGUAUUUCGUAGCUAUUUGAAAAUUAAAAUGUAAUUUGAACUCAUUUGAAGCCUCAAAUUAAUCUAACAGCAUUCCCACCACAGAAAAAUGGGAACAAGAAGGGUCAAUAUGAGGGAAUUGGAGGCAGCUGCAAAAGCAUCAGCUACUGCUAAAGUUACAAAUACUCUAAAUAGACCAGGACAAUUGGAAAAAAUUGAACAGAUCAAGCAAGGUUUUGUACGGAAAAAGGCAUCUAAAGAAGCACUACUAAAAUCAGCUAUGCAACAACAGUUAGAUGGUGUGCGUAUUGGCUUAAACCAGUUACAUCAUUGUUUGGAAGAUGUCUCAGAAAUCAAUAUCAGCAUGAAGAAGAUGUUUGAAUUAUUCACUGAUGUUCCUGAUCUAUGCAAAAGGUUGAAUGACAUAAAGGAGGAAAAUAUGAGACAUUCACAGUAUGUGACUGCUAGAGAAAACCUCAAACACAUAUUCACAGUUCCAGAAAGUGUAGAAAAAACAAAACUUUUGAUCAAUGAAGGAAAACUGCUACAUACACAUCAGUGUUUGAGAGAUUUGGAAAAUUCUAGAGAUGAUUUACUUUUUGAGCUCCACAAACUGCCCAACCAAAAUCCAUAUGAAAACUCCAUGAUGAAAGCUUACUUUGCAGAUGUUCAGGUUUUAUCCAACCUGUUAGAGAAACAGCUGACAUUCAUUCUCUCAAGAACUCUAAACACUGUUAGAAAAGACCCCACAGUAAUUGUAACUGCUCUAAGAAUAAUUGAAAGAGAGGAAAAAGCUGAUGAAGAGUCUUUGAAACAACAUAAACAAACAGGAUUUUUACCAAUAGGAAGGCCAAAAAAGUGGAAGGAAAUGGCUUUCCAGAUCCUAGAGAAAUCAGUUUCUUCCAAAAUAGAAGGGACCCAAGUGGAAGAGAGAGAGGACAAUAAACACUGGUUGAUAAGGUAUCUUGAGCUUAUCAGGAUGACACUGUUGGAAGAUUUGAGAGUAGUUAAAACUUUGUGUGUGCCAUGUUUUCCUCCAAGUUAUAACAUCAUGGAUAAAUUCAUCCAGAUAUAUCAUGGAUGUCUCUCUAUACAUUUACAAGAAAUCAUACAGAAUGGUUUGAAGGGUAAUGAGAAUGUAACCAUUUUGUCUUGGGUCUUGAAAACAUACAAAUCCAGGGAUAUGUUAGGUCAUCCUGAUUUAAUGACACAUACAGAAAAUCUUCCUCCUCUUCUACCAACAGCUGUCAUAGAUAGCUUGGAAGAAGAAUAUCUCAAGACAAUUGAGCAAAAUUAUAUGGAAUGGAUGCAGAACACUCUGAAAUCUGAAAAAGAAGAAUGGCGAUCAUAUACUGAACCUCAUUCAGAGUCAUACUCAAGGACUGCUGCACCCAUUAUAAUUUUUCAAAUGAUUGAUCAAAAUCUUCAAGUAGCAAAAACAAUUAGUGAGGAAUUAACAAUAAAGUCCCUCAAUUUGAGUAUAGAGCAAGUUAUAUUAUAUGCAGAUUCUUUUCGGGAAGGCAUUAUUGAGUUCAAAAACAAAUAUUUUGAGGAUAGGAAACAAGUAGUAUACUACACCCAGUACAUGAUUGUUAUAUUGAACAAUUGCCUACAAUUGCAAGAAUUAGGUUCACAAUUAGAAAAACAGUAUACCAAUACAUCAUCCCAUGAUCUUAGUAGGAAUUUCAACAGGUUGAGGUAUACUUAUAUUACUCUUAGAAAUGACUCAGUCCAAUACUUACUAGAAGAACUAUUCAUUGAUUUGGAUCAGCAUUUUGACAAACUGUUCACAUCUCAGUGGUAUGAACUGAAUCCAGCAGAUACAAUUUACGUCACUAUAGAAGACUACUUCCAAGAUUACAGGAAACUGGUAGAGUCCAAUUAUAAAUAUGUGGUUGAACAAGUCCUGAGCAUAGUAGGGAAACGCUAUCUUACUGCAAUGCUCUCUAAGAGAAUAUCUUUCAAAACAUAUGAGGAAUGUACAAAGGCUGCUCAGAGGAUCAUGGAGGAAGCUUGGAGAUUCAAUAAUUUGUUUGCUAAUUUGUACAAUGAAUUUCAGUGUGAGAAUCAUUUUGAUGCUGUAAUAAUGCUAGCAGAGGUACUCAAAAGUGAUGAUGACAUGUUAUCUUUUGAGCUCCAUAGGGUGGUAGAAAAAUAUCCAGAUAUUACUGAAGAUCACUUACUCAGGCUUCUGAGUUUCAGAGGUGACUUGUCCAAGUCUGAUAUUAAGGACAAAGUAUUACAUGUGGAUAAGCCUAAAGUCUUGCAUAGAAGUACUGUUUUCAAAACACUGGUUUUCCCUAAAUUAGUUAAUAUAAAUUUGAAUUUUUAGUGCAGAUGUAUAACAUUAAAAGAUGGAAACUGCUUUUAUAGUGAUUGUAUAUGUUAUUAUUAGUUGCUCGUUUGUCAAUUAGUUCAAAAUCAUUUCUUAAAAUCAUAAUAUUCUUCACAGCACUUCAGGUUUUCGUUCAUGAAUACCAUUGUUACUAAAUAAAAAUACUGGUGGCAUGUUGGGAGACUCCCACCUUUGUUACACACUUAAAAAAAGUGUAUAUUUUCGAUUUCAUAUGUAAUUAUUAUUAUAUGAACUCAGUUACAUAACUGAUGAGUCCUAUUUUUAAAUAAAUAGUUAUAUUACAGCUUUUAUGGCAUUUCUUUUUCAUCCUCAAAAUCUCAAUAUGUUCCCCUUAUUUUCUCACCCAUGCACUGCAUGUGGAUAAAAUAUUGAGCAGAAAAUAACAGAUUUUUCAGAAAACUAGAAUCAUUGAGAUACUAAAAAAUUAUUAAGUCAAACAUGGUCAAACAAACAACGAGGAUGUAGAAUACCUAAAAAAAAAAAAACAACACUUAACUUGUUUUCACAUCUUCCUGAAGAAACUGUGGAGUGUCUUUUGUCCCUCAGACUUUGUCCGUUUCAAUCCAACUGAUCGGCAAGGCCCUAGACGUUUUCUUUUUUGAAUACUGGUUUCUAUAGUGCUCUUUGAAGGGUUUGGCUGUGAAUUGCUCAUUACUUUGGCAUCUCU